UCAAACAUGGUUGGCAAACGCUCUCCGCACCGUGACUAUGGUUAUUCUUGCAUGUAGGAACCGUUCUGAGCGCAUACCAAUCUCCUUUAGGCAAGAGGAGAGCCAGCAGAGCGGCAAGAACGACGAUCGGUUACUGCGGGUAGUAACAAGCGCGGACCGGAAGUUCCGCGUCUUCGCUGUCCGGGGGAGCCGUUAGGCGCGCACGCCGGAAGUGGCCAAUCAGCCGGUGUGAGGCGGUGCCCACUGUGUUCGCGUCCCUCGGGCAGCAGAGCCAUGGAGCCCGGGGCUGCUGAGCUUUAUGACCAGGCCCUGUUGGGCAUCCUGCAGCACGUGGGCAAUGUCCAGGACUUUCUGCGCGUGCUCUUCGGCUUUCUCUACCGCAAGACCGACUUCUACCGCCUGCUGCGCCACCCUUCGGACCGCAUGGGCUUCCCGCCCGGGGCCGCACAGGCCCUGGUGCUGCAGGUCUUUAAAACAUUUGAUCACAUGGCCCGCCAGGAUGAUGAGAAAAGGAAGAAAGAACUGGAAGAGAAAAUCAGAAAAAAGGAGGAAGAGGCCAAGGCCUUGCCAGCUGCUGAAGCUGAGAAGGAAGCGGUGCCGGUCCCAGUGCAGGAGGUAGAGAUCGAUGCUGCUGCAGACUUGAGUGGGCCUCAGGAAGUAGAGAAGGAGGAGCCCCCAGGCCCCCAGGCUCCUGAGCACAAAGUGACCCAUGGCCUGGAGAAGGCAGAAGCUCCAGGAAUAGUUAGCAGUGCUGCUGAAGGCCCUAAGGACCCUCCUGUGCUCCCCAGGAUUCAGGAGCAGUUCCAGAAAAAUCCUGACAGUUACAACGGUGCCAUCCGUGAGAACUACAUCUGGUCGCAAGACUACACUGACCUGGAGGUCAGGGUGCCCGUGCCCAAGCAUGUGAUGAAGGGGAAGCAGGUCUCUGUGGCCCUUAGCAGUGGCACCAUCCGAGUGGCCAUGCUGGAAGAGAAUGGAGAGCGUGUCCUCAUGGAAGGGAAGCUCACUCACAAGAUCAACACUGAGAGUUCCCUCUGGAGCCUUGAGCCGGGCAGGUGUGUUUUGGUGAAUCUGAGCAAGGUUGGCGAGUACUGGUGGAGUGCCAUCCUGGAGGGGGAAGAGCCCAUCGACAUUGACAAGAUCAACAAGGAGCGCUCCAUGGCUACUGUGGAUGAGGAGGAGCAGGCAGUCCUGGACAGACUCACCUUUGACUACCACCAGAAACUGCAGGGCAAGCCCCAGAGCCAUGAGCUGAAAGUCCAUGAGAUGCUGAAGAAGGGGUGGGAUGCUGAAGGCUCUCCCUUCCGAGGCCAGCGAUUCGACCCAGCCAUGUUCAACAUCUCCCCAGGGGCUGUGCAGUUUUAAUGACCGGAAGUAAAGGAAACCCUCGCCGUUGGGGAGAUGGAGACGUUGUCCUCCUCACUCCCUGCAUGCCAGGGACUCACUCCUCCUGAUUAGUCCUAGCCAUUUUUUUCUUUCAUGAUGAAUCAGGCCUUCCAUGCUGACCUUCUACCUUCAGACUAUUCUAGAGAAGGUACAGGGCCAGCUGCUGCUUGGCAGUGUCUGUGGCCAACACUGAAUGAAGGUGUUUGACAUGCAGGAGGGACAUGUCCCAGCCUACAGGUAGCACAUGUUCUGUCUCCACAGCAACCAGGCACUGCAGGCAGCAUUUGCUUUCUCCCCGUUCUCUCUGCUUGCUGUUGUUUUGACGCUAUUCUGCUUGCUUGUCUUCUGAUUGGGGAUAAGGAGUGACUGGGCUCAGACAAAGCUAAGUUGAAUUGUGUGGAGCCAGGCACCUGCAUGAGGGCCAGCGGGGCAUGGCUGUGGGACUGCUAUGGGGUUCCCUCACUUGUUGACCUGUGUCUGCCUCUGUGUGUGUGUGCGCGUGCCUGCGUGCGCGCGCAUGUGUUCCAUCUUGCUCAUUCCUUUGUGAAUACACUUGACUUGCCUCAGUUUUAUGGGUACAGCAGGAACUGGGGUCUGUUUGAGAUGUUAGCAGAAAGUCUGAGGUUCUGGCCUCUCACCCAGGUGUGGCAAGGAUUCUGUCUGCCCUCUGACUGCAGCUGCCUUGCUUUGAUUCUUGUUGAAGUGAGCUGAGACUAGCCACCACUACUUUUUCCCCUCAAGACCUCCUCUUUGGGUGUGCUGCAUUCAAGCCUGGGUACCUCCAAGAAGAGAUCACAGCCUGUUGGUAGUUCAUUGGCAGAUCCGUGUCAACUACACUCCCUAAGGAGCUUUGACCCUGAAGCAUGCCUCAGGAAGGAAAACGUAUGCACUAGCUUGAAGGCAACUACAAUUGAGUCCAAGAAAAUGAAGAUUUCUCUGUGCCGAUCACUAGACUGCUUUUUGGAGCUCAGAGCCUGUGUGGCCUGGCCAGCUAGGGUGUGGAGACCUGCCCAGAGGACCAGGACCCUGGUGUCCCAUCCCUUUACGGACUCUCUGUGCUGGUUGGUGCCUGGCAUCUCCAUUUGCCUGGUUCUCAGUAGUGUGGUGUGUGUGUGUGUGUGUGUGUGUGUGUGUGUGUGUGUGUGUGUUCACAUCACAGCACUAAUUUCUAUACUCUGGUAACCAGCCAUACAAAGUGCAAGAAUUAAGACCCAUUGGAGCCAAGGCAGCCUGUCCUCUGGAACUAGCCCUGCACCGAGUGCUGUGUCCACUUGCUUGGAAGGAGCCAUUGGAAGAGCAGAUUUUGGAACUUACUCAAUUGUGUAGACAGGAGCUGGUUCAUUGUAGGCAUUUAAGGGAUUUCUGGUUUACUUCCUAAACGUCCAUACUGGGAGUUAAUCUGUGGGCCUGAGUAGACCAUGAUGGUGGUCAAGGGACAGCAGUAGACCCCAAAUACCCACUCCAGAGUCUGAACUUGUGAUUGGACAUUGGCCACCAAGUUGAUGAAAUCUCUCUAAAGAGGUCACCGUCCAGGAGCAGAAUCUGUCAUAUUCACAAGAUCCCCAGGACACUUUGCUAUUUGUUCCUGAAGUUUUCCUCAAGGUCUAGGCUGUGCACAUCCCUGUCCCAUGGAAGCUGUCUCACCUAAAGAAGGAAGUCUGUGGUGUGUGUGCACCUGCAGUCUUCUCCCUCUCAGCCCUCAUCCUGUGGGUAGUCUUGCAGAAGGAAUGAUGUCGUAGCGGAACCCUGCAUCCUUUUAUUUAAGACAAUGCUUUACUCUGUGUUGACUCAUCUUCAUUACUGUAGCAUGGUUUUAGUUUCUGUGUUGCAUUUUUUUUCUUUGUCCCUGCCGUGUUUCAACAAACAAGCCUGUAUAGAAAAAGCAGCCUGGGGGAUAUAGCACUGGUUGUAGGCCGUGGGGCAGGAAGCUGUGCUCUGUGACUGAUCCCUGGGGCAUGUUGUAGUGCAUGGUGUGGUGGUGGCUUCUGUAUCUACAUGCCUCCAUCACAGUGAGGCUCAGUCCCAGCCAGCCAAGUAGAUAGUUCUUUGUCCUGAGGCACUGCCCUGGUUUGCCCCGCCACUGAAGUUGGCACAUUGCCUGUUUUCUCUUUUUAGACACAACAGCCACAGUGUGGUCUCUAAGUCCCACCAGCUGAGGUCUGAGGAAAGCAGGGUGACUCUGUUCCCUUUGCCCAGAGACCCAAAGAGUGGGGUGUCCAGCCUGCAGAGUUGCUCUGGCUCCUCGGUAUUGGUUUGCAAUAAAUCUGUAUUUAAGCAGCU